CAAACCCUACGUCACUCUCUCUCUCUCUCUCUCUUUCUACGUUGCUUUCAUGGUAUGUAUGAGCGGGACGUGAAGCGUCGCUCCUCCCGGGAGAUCAUGGCGCAUCCACGCUUCCGCCCCGGAGCGGAGGUGGAGAUCACGAGCCCCAUCCACCGCCUCCGGGGGACCCUCUUCCCCGGACGGGUCGUCGCCCCGUCGUCCCGCAACCCCCACGCCUUCCUGGUCGAGUACAAAACCCUAGUCGCCCAGAGCAGCGGCGGCGGCGGCGGCGGCGACGCCGGUGGCCGCCGCCCCUCCUCCAGGCCCUACCGCGAGGAGGUCUCCGUCGGCCUCCUGAGGCCGAGCCCGCCGCCCGCCGGAACCGGCCGCCGGUGCCUCCGCCUCGGCGACGUCGUGGACGCGUUCUUGAACGGGGGUUGGUGGGAGGGCGUGAUCACCAAGGAACUGAAGAGCGCGCGGUACAUGGUGUACUUCCGGUGCGUGAAGCAGGAGUACCGGUUCGACGCGGCGGAGCUGCGGCUCCACCGCGAGUGGGUCAACGGGAAUUGGGUCCCGCCGUUCGAAGCCGAGGGGGAAGAUGGUGAUGGCGACGACGAUGAGGAAGUGACCUCGACAAUGGAAGAGAAAUCUGGCGACUUCUGCCGAACAGCGAAGGGAGUGUUCACCAAGGGAAUGCUGGUCGAGGUGAGAAGUGACGAAGAUGGACUCCAAGGUGCUUGGUUCGCAGCCACUAUAAUCAACAAGGCAGCGAGAAAUCAGUUCCUUAUCGAGUACCAAACCCUCAGAGCGGAGGAUAAUAAUUCGGAGUACUUGAGGGAGCAGGUCGCCACGAGUCACCUGAGGCCGUACCCGCCGGAGACCUUCGUGGUCGACCCUUACGAACGGAAGGCAAGAGUCAAUGCCUUGUACAAUGAAGGGUGGUGGGAGGGCAUCGUUGAGAGGGUUCUCGACGGGAUGCGGUAUCGGGUUUAUUUUGAGGGCACUGAAGAUAGGAUGGAGUUUCACCACUCGGAGCUUCGUCCUCAUCAGGAUUGGAUCGAUGGAAAGUGGGUGAUGCCUUCUCGAUUCUCGUAGGACCAGUUUGUGUCGUUGCAUAUAAUGUACUUGGUCUUCAAACUCCUAAUGUGUUAAGGCUAUGCUCUUGCUCUUGGGAUCUUGAGCUGAGGUGUAGAUAAAUGCUGUGAAGAAGGUUUUGGAGCACGUCCUCUUUUUUUGGUU